UUUUAAAUGGCAGAAAGAGGUCAUGCUUUAAAACAGGAUAUAAGCAAACUGGCUUGGGAAGAGACUGAUUUUCCAAUUGUUUGUAAUAAUUGUCUUGGGGAGAAUCCCUACAUUAGAAUGGUAAAAAUAAAUGUUUAAUCAUUCUAAGCUCAAAGAUAGAUUUGGAAGGGAAUGUAGAAUCUGUGCAAGGCCAUUCACAACCUUUAAAUGGAAGCCUGGGAAUAACUCAAGAUAGAAAUAAACUGAAGUUUGUUAGACAUGUGGCAAAAUUAAAAAUAUUUGCUAAGCUUGUUUUAAAGAUUUAGAAUUUAACAUGGGAUUAUGCACAAGAGAUAAAUUUUUAGGAGAUUAAAAAAUUGAAAUUCCUGAACAUACAGCAAACAGAGACUAUUGGGCAGAAUAAGCUAAUCGUCAGAUCGAGAGAUUAAUUUUACCCUAUGAUAAGCAGUUGCCAAUGCUUGAUCAAAUACUCAAAGAGCCAAGAUUAGCAGAUGUAAAUAAUCAAUUAAAUGAUGGAAAAUCAGAACCAGCUAAUUAAAUAUAUGCAGAACCAUUAGAAAACCCUCAAGAUAUAGAUCUAUUAUAUAAGGAAAAGUUUGAAGCCAAAGGUUUGUUGCCACCUGAUGAUCCAAAAAUCUGCAGUCUAUAUAUUUCCCAUAUGACAGCCGAUAUCAAGGAAUCAGAUUUGAAGUAAAUCAAAUUUUUAUAAGUAGACAUCUAUUUUCAAAGUAUGGAAAACUAAAUUCGAUUAAAAUAAUGGAACAUGGUCAAAGUUGUUUCAUCAAUUUUGCAAAAAGGAAAGACGCAGAAACUGCUGUCAAUGCCUUAUAUAACAAUAUAAUAAUAAAGGAUGUCAUUUGUAAAAUACAAUGGGCUAGAGCUCCAAAUAAAAAAGUUCCUAUUAAAGGUAUUUGUUUUAUAAUAAUAACUAGAUCUUAUAUAAUCCUUGUAGCCAGAAGAGAACAAUAAAGCUCAUCCUCCUUAGGCUCCACCAUAAAAUAUUGAUAAGCGGUAGUAAUCUGAAGAUAAGUAUUUUAGAUAUAUAAAUAAUGUAGUUUAUUAAUAGGAUUACUUAAUACGCAAAUGACAUAUCCUAAUUAAAAUCCAUAUUAAAAGGGAGGUGUAAAUAAUAAAGACAUAUGA